AAGAAAAGACCAUCUUCCACUUCUUAAUUGUUUUAUUUUGUUUACUGCUCCUUUUCUAUUAGUAAGUCUUUUGAGUUUUCCCAGGUACUUUUUCUGCCCAGUAUACCAUUUUUUUAAGCAAUGACAAAAAACUAGUUGUUCUAACUUCUAACCCUAUCUUUGAUUUGGGUUUGGAGUUUGGGCUUUCUAUAAAUCUCCCACUUUCCUUUCAUGUGAAUCCUCUCCUUUGUUGCAGAGCAGCAGAUAUACCCUUAACCAAAAGAAAGAGUCAAAAUGGUGUCCUUAAGUUUAACUUCUUUUAUGCUUGUUCUGUUGUUCAUUUUCCUAACCUUAAAGGUUUCAAUUGCUCAUACUGACCAAGCUAACCAAACCUUAGUUGUGGUCCAUGAAGCAGAAAAUGGUUUUACCAUGGAACUAACUAGGAGUCAUCAGAGUGUGGAGAAGGAAGUUUUGGAUGGUGUACCAGCAGCUGCUGUACUCAGUACUAAUGGAAGAAUGGGUGGAAGAAAAAUGAUGGCAGAAAGAAGGAAUAUGAAGAAAAACAUGAAGCAAGUGGAAGCUAGCAUCAAGACAGAGGAAGAUUCAAAGAAUUCAGGAAACAGCAAUGGUUCGGCCAGUCGGCUUGGUAAUUCGCGAAAGAAAAUACAUCAUCAGUCAUGUGAUGAGAGCACUGUGAACAAAAAUUCAAGAAACCCAGCAAAUGGCUGCAGCAACUCGGGGAAUUCACUCAAUAAGUUAGCUUCAACAGAUCAAACUGAUAAUAGUGAGUCUUUUCAGAAGCUUGAAUCAGAGAAACUUCUGGAAGAUGCGAAUGAGAUUUUGAACAUGAUGAACAAAGACUAUAGUGGAGGUCCAGGAUCAGGAAGCAAACCCCGUCACAAACCUCCAAUCAACAAUUACCAGACUUUCCACGGAUCAAAUCCAUGAAAACCAUGUAAAUUUUUUGUUUUAGCUCCACAAUUUUGGCUAUAGGAAACUAGCACUAACCCAGUUUUGCUUUGUUUGAUGACUCUUCAGAUAAGGCCUUUUCUAUCUUGUGCCUUGUAUUAGCACCGUCAUAUUGCCAUAGUUUUGUCUUUUCUAGUUCGUUAGAUGAAGUUAAAAAAUGCUAUAGUAUCAGUGUAUUGAUUCGUUAAUACUCUAAUCAGUUGCACUGGUCAA